UUGUCUUCGAGAGAAGAUAAUAAAGAAGCAAGCGUUCGUUGUGAGAGAGAGAGAGAAUAUGGAGGAGAGUAAUGGUCGGAAGAUUGGAGUGGCGGUAGAUUUCUCGGAGUGCAGCAAGAAAGCUCUGAACUGGGCCAUUGACAACGUUGUUCGCGAUGGUGAUCAUCUAAUCCUCAUCACCGUGGCUCACGACAUGCAUUACGAGGAAGGCGAGAUGCAGCUCUGGGAGACCGUUGGAUCACCGUUGAUUCCGCUGAGUGAAUUCUCUGAAGCUGCCGUGAUGAAGAAGUAUGCAGUGAAGCCAGAUGCUGAAACCCUUGACAUUGCCAACACUGCCGCUAGGACGAAAUCUAUUACAGUAGUGAUGAAGAUAUACUGGGGAGAUCCUCGUGAGAAGAUAUGUGAAGCUGUUGAACAUAUUCCUCUUGCAAGUCUUGUCAUCGGUAACCGAGGCCUUGGUGGCCUUAAAAGGAUGAUAAUGGGAAGUGUAAGCAACCAUGUUGUGAACAACGUGGCAUGCCCUGUGACCGUCGUCAAGGCUCACCACUGAGCUUUGUCUUGACCUUCACGUCAUUUGCUUGGAGAACAUGAAAACUGGUUUAUAUUCUAAGAUUUGUGCUUUGUUAUGUCUGAAUUUGUAUUACUAACUAACUCUUGUGUGACUUUGUAUGUUGUUUCUGCUGUGCAUCUUUAUACCUAAUAAAACAUACUGUUUUUGAGU